AUGGCCUCAGAUGUAUCAUACGAAGAUGAUUUUAAGGGAGAGUUCAAUCCUAUAAGGAAGUUGAGUCCACAAGACUUGAAAGAUGACAAGCUACUUAAAAGAUUAAAACUUGAAAGGAGCCUUGAGUUGAAUAAUGGAGAUGACAGCUCCAAGGCACUGAAUACGGCCAAUGUGAAAACUUUAAAUAAGCUCAAGAGACCCAAGAGAGAUCCAAAAUCUCUGAAAGAACGCAAAAAAGAGUCAGGAAUGUCAAAAUAUGGUAAGCUUAAGCAAAUCAGACUUUUCAACUCUUUGGAAGAAGACCCUUAUCAAGAUCCAGAAAUACUAGAGAAUAGCGAAAAGGAGAAAGAGAAAGAGGAUGUGGAAACUGAGUUAGAGUUUUAUGAUGCUAACGAUCAAGUUGAACCUGUUUUAAAGCAGCCUGGGGACGGACUUCAAGACAAUCUUAUAGAGUCUUUUAAUGAAUCAUUCAAAAAGUUUGCUGAUUUCAAGCCUGAACUGGAAGAUAUCAAGACAAUAAAGAACCAAGUUCUUUCACAAUUGGGAGAUAGAAAUGGAUUCCAUAAUAUUCUACUUUCGGACUUAGUGGAAAAGUAUAAUGAUAUAUAUUCUACACUCGAGCACACAGUGCGAGAUAACGAAGGGCAUUCACUACUCCUCAUAGGGCCCAGAGCUUGUGGAAAGUCAUCGAUAUUCAAUCGUGCUUUGAUUGAAUUAGAGCAGAAGUAUAGUGGUCAAUAUAUUACAGUCAAGCUAAAUGCCACAAUUCAUUCAGAUGACAAUGUUGCAUUUAGAGAGAUAGCGAGACAAUUAGAUUCUAAAGUACAAAGUACAGACGGAUCACAGAAUGAGACGAAUUUCGAGCAAAGAUCACUAAAUGAUACGCUUUCCAACAUUUUGUCAACCCUCGAGGAAUCAAGUUCCAAUAAUCACAACAAGACCAAUGCUGGCAACGGUCAACAUAAGAAUAGCAUAGAUACAAAUGGGACCUCUGGUGAACAGAAUAAGGUAUCUAUAGUAUUCGUUAUUGAUGAAUUUGACAAAUUCACCAGUACUAAUAAGCAAUCCUUACUAUAUAAUUUAUUUGACUUGUCUCAGAGCUCUUCGAUUCCUGUGUGUGUAAUAGGAAUUUCUACCAGAAUAACUGCUAGGGAGUUGCUAGAGAAAAGAGUAAGAAGUAGGUUUUCCCAGAGGAUAAUAACCAUAAAUAAGCCUGGCACAUUCGAGGAGUUUUGGGAUAAUGCUAAGUUGGGAUUGAUCUUAAACCAAAACUCAAUGUCAAAGUUGAAUUCCGCUGCAUAUGGAAAGCUUUGGAAUGAAUAUAUAGAAGCAAUCUUCUCAACUCCAUCGAAAGGCGUACCGUCAAGUUUGAAGAGAUUAGCCUUUAAAAAUUUUUAUACAACAAGAAAUUUCAAAGACUUUAAUAGGUGCUGCAUUUAUCCGGUGUCGAAGAUCAGUGGUGACAUGCCGUUCCCAAGGGAUAUCGAUUUCAAGGAGUACUCCCUGAAUCAAAGCACAAAUCACAUUCAAGAAGUCGUCAACACCCUCUCCUCCUUAGAGCUUCUUUUGGUGAUAGCAGCAGCAAGAUGGAUAGAAAAGUUCGAUCUGCCAGUAAUCAAUUUUAAUCUAGCUUACAAGGAGUAUGAAGAGAUGAUGAAAGCUUCCAAUGCUGUGACUUCGACUAUUGCUACAUCGUCAUCAAAUAUGUCGGCCAUAGAUUCCAGCGUCUCGUCCAAUAUUAAAGUUAGUCAAAAAAUAUGGCCCUCACGUGUACUUAAAAAUAGCUGGGAGAUGCUUUACAAGUUAGGAAUUUUGUUGGAUUCUGCAGGCGUUACUACAAAUAGCGAGGGCCAUAUAAUAUCCAACGUAACACUAAACAAAAGUUGCAUAAUCGAGGAAAAUAAGAUGGUUCAAUUGGAUAUUUCGCUUAGAGAGCUCUCUCAAUUCCUCGGAAAUCUGAAUGUUUUAAACAGACUCACACGAUUGUAG